GCAGAGAGGGGUGGAGGACUCUGAAUGGAGGCUUGUGGAAGGAUUGGCAGAGAUGGGUGGAGGAUGCUGAAUGGAGGCCAGUGGAGGGAUUGGCAGAGAGGGGUGGAGGACCCUGAAUGGAGGCUUGUGGAAGGAUUGGCAGAGAUGGGUGGAGGAUGCUGAAUGGAGGCCAGUGGAAGGAUUGGCAGAGAUGGGUGGAGGAUGCUGAAUGGAGGCCAGUGGAGGGAUUGGCAGGGAAGGGUGGAGGACGCUGAAUGGAGGCCAGUGGAGGGAUUGGCAGGGAAGGGUGGAGGACAUGGAUCGGUUGCAUGAGAAAGGAGUUGCAAUAGUCAAGGA